AUCCAAGGAGACGACGUUCACUCGUUUACUGUUGAGGAGUUUUUCUUUUAGUGUUGCUACAUAAAACAGCUUUAAAUCAAAAGGAGGCAACCAGCGCUUUAUCAAAGGUGUUUUUGUUAGCUGUCGAGACUGGCCAUGUCUCACAGCACGUACAAUAAACUCUGGGCUGAUGCCCAUUUUGAGCUGAAUAGCCUGCUAAUUCAGGAGCUCCCUGCCCAACCAGCACGUCCGGAGAAGGACAGAGUGGUCUUCUACCAACGUCUGGCUACUCUGUAUGUGCGUUAUGUUCAAAUUUUUAGACGCAUUGAAGAGGCCUAUGACCAGAUCACACACCCUCAGAAAAAACGCGUGAUUCGUCAAGUCCUUGAUGGUGUAAUGGGUCGGGUGGUGGAACUAAAAAAUGAGAUGGUGGAGAAAGAGUUUUCUGAGUAUCACUACAUGGAUGAUGUCAUUCAAGACUUAAAACUGACACCUGAAGCCAUUGAGAUUCCCAUUCCGAAAUAUUUCAUAAGUGAACGGAAAAAAGUGCUGCAGGACAGAGCUAAGAUGCUCUCCGACAUCCUGGACAUAAUGGGAGUGGUGGACAACCAUAAACCCAUAAGAGACCAGACCCUGAGCCUGGAGGAGGCCAUUAGGGUGAUCCAGGUUGCCGAGAGGGCCAGGCAGGGCAGACUGCGUGCCAAGUUUAUGAGACAGAUCCAGCGCGAUGAGGAACGGCAGAGGAGGGCCAAGGACCGGAACCUGGGCGCAGACGCCAUCGACCAGGCGGUUGUUCGAAUUCAGAAGGUGUGGAAAGGUUUUGUGCAAAGGAAGAAAACCAAGAGGGAACGUGAAGAGGAGAUGAUAUUUUUGGGCAUGGUCAUGGGUGCACAGACGAAUCAGCCAUGUAGCUAUGCCGCUGCGGUGUACGGCAACAAGGCCCGGCGGCGGCAAAAGCAGAACGAGUACGAGGAGGACUACCUCAAAGCCAUCACCACCAUAACAGACAAGAUCCGAGACCUGGAGGGCCCUGACAUCAAGGAGACCAUGAAAGACCAGAUUCGCCAGUGGUUCAUUGAAUGCCACGAUGCAACAGGCUCCUUUCCUGACUACCCAGAGGAGGAAGAUGGAGGCUCGGCUCUUAUUUUUGCUGAGAAAACUCCACAGCAGUUAAUGGAGGAGCUGGCGGCAAAAGAGGAAGAGGAUGCCAACAAAAAGCCCAAGGGAAAGGAGGAAAAGAAGGAUAAAGCAAAGAAAGACAAGGGAAAAGGCGGAGAAGAGGAGGAAGAGCCGGGGUUGAAGAUGCUGCCGUCGGCUUUUCUGGAAGACCUUGAAGCUGGACAGAAAACUUAUAAUGAAGUGUGGCAGAAUCGGGACGAGUCCAAAAACUUCAGCCAGAGGCACGAGGGGGAGCUCAUCAAAGAGGAGAAGAGGAAGGAGGUGGAGGCAGAGAUCCGACUCCAGGUGGAUGAGCUGAUGAGACAGGAACUGGCUAAUUGGAAGUUGGCUGUGGACAAAGACAAGGGUGGCAAGGCCAAGGGAAAUGCCAAGAAAAAGAAAGGAGCUAAAAGUGCCAAGAAGAAAAAGAAAGACAAGGACUUGACAGCAGAUAGGACUAUGGAGUCCUUGUUUCAGGAGCUAGUGCAGCAGGGGCUCCUGAAGCAGGCAGAUGAUGUCAAACUUAAGAACUAUUUAGGAGACUAUAGUUACUUGGGAACAACACUAAGGCAGUCAGACAUCGAGCCCAUGCCAUCUCUAUCAGAUGUGCGUCAGCUUAUGGCCCUCUAUGGGAUACUACCGCUGGGCUCUCAGAUAGUGCAUGAGAAGGCGCCCCUGAUCAAGGCCAUGCUUCUUGCAGGACCUGCAGGUGUGGGCAAGAAGAUGUUGGUGCAUGCAAUUUGCAAAGAGACUGGUGCCAACCUGUUUGACCUUUCACCUCUCAACCUGGUGGGGAAAUACCCAGGCAAGAGUGGCCUGCAGAUGAUGCUUCAUAUGGUGUUUAAGGUGGCACGAGCCUUGCAGCCCUCAGUUGUAUGGAUAGGAGACGCUGAAAAGAUGUUUUAUAAGAAAGUGCCUAAGGAGGAAAAAGAGUUAGAUCCUAAGCGUUUGAAGAAGGACUUGCCAAAGAUCCUGAAAACCAUCAAAGGAGAAGAUCGAGUCCUCAUCAUUGGGACAACUCGAGAGCCAUUCAAUGCAGAUAUAAAAGCCCUCAGUAAGGUCUACAGCAAGAUCAUCCUCAUUCCACGCCCAGACUAUGCAUCCAGAUAUAUGAUAUGGCGACAGCUCAUUGAGAACCACGGUGGCCAGGUGACCAGUACCCUGGACUUCAGCUCGCUGGCAAAGAUCUCUGACGGUUACACGCAAGGUCACAUGGUGCAGGUGGUGCGUAGCAUUCUGACGGAGCGGCGCAUCCAGCAGCAGGCCAAGAGGCCCCUGAUGGCCGCGGAGUUCAUCACCCCACUUGCCAAAAUCGACCCCGUGUUCCAGGAUGAGGAGGAGGCUCUAAAAGCUUGGUAUGCGAAGACUCCCCUGGGUAAGAAGCGAGCCAAGGCGGCCUCUGGAAAAGAGGGGGAGGAAGAGGCGCCAGCCAAGGGAGGCAAAGAUGCCAAGAAGAAGAAGAAAUAACUCAAUCCGCACCUUCAUAACACCAGCUCAGAGCGCUGUGGAUAUCGGCGAGAGAGAGAGAAAAUAAACACACUUCUAGUAUUUUUUGCAGAAGCUUUGGUGGACUGCAUAAAUUAAUUUUAAAUAUCAUGUCUAAAUGUUCAGCUAUUGCUGACAGCAUUGUCCAAAAUGUGAAGCCGUGUUAUUAAUCAGAGUGGGGAAUUUCCACAUGGAGUUAAUGAGCAGGCCUAUUUUGCUGACCGACUAAAGCCAGUGCAGUAAUUGAAGUCUAUUAAUGGGUCUGCACCACGGCCUGUGUCUAAAGAGAGUCACUGCUGUAUAUAUGAGAGGGUGCAAACUCUCCUCCCAUGAACAAGGUCACAUGGCUCACCUGGUGGUGUCAUCAUACUGUCUGUCUAUGCAUCAUGAAGUCAUCGGACUUCCUGAAAAUAAGUUUGUGGAGAAAAGACUAUUUCAUCACUGAUGUGUCAUCUGAACCGGGAUGUAUACAAACAUGUAUGGAAUAUGCAUGUGAUGUAUAUGAUAUGAUGCAUGAAUGCUGAUGAAAUAUUCUAUGGCGAUGGAGGUAUUGCAAUCCUGUAUGGUUGCUGACCUUGUUUUAGGUGAAGUUGUUUGUCGGUCACCGCUUCAGAUUCCAUUCUUUAAGAUGUGUUGAAUUCAUGUUUGGUUGUCGUUGGUAACAUCACACAGGGCGUCAUGGGAACUGAUGUGCUCGCAUGAAUAAAUCUGCCUCUUUUAAAGAAAGAUGGACGUGUUGACGCUACACAGGAGGUGCCGGAUCGCAGGAUGUGCCGAAUCGCAGAAUGCGCUAGAUCACAUCACUUAAAAUCGGAACAGUCUGUAUUGUAGGAAACUUCUUUUCCAACCCUUUUUAUUUAUUUAUUCCUAUCAU